AUGGGAUCUAAUAAAAAUUUCACGAAGUCGUUGGCGCUCUCUGUAUUCUUGACGUGUUUAGGAUCAUCCUUUACAAUUGGUUACAAUUUAGGAAUAUUAAAUUUGCCAGGAGAGCAUAUUAAAGAGUUUUUAUCUCGUACUAUGUUGGGUAAAAAUGCAAGUGUAGCUGAAAAUACAACAAAUCUUGUGACACCAAGUUUUUUAUAUGCUCAAGUUAGCACAGCUUUUGUAAUAGCUGGUGCAAUUGGAGCUUUCAGUUGUGGUGCUAUAGCUGAUUGUUUAGGAAGACGUAAUGGUCUGAUAGUAAACAGUUUAUUUGCAAUCGCUGGAGGAAUAAUGGUUGGUCCAUGUGUGGCAUAUAGUCAACCUGCAUUACUAUUUGUCGGACGUGUUUUAAAUGGAUUAAAUUUUGGAAUAUCAAUGGGAAUAGCACCAAUGUAUUUAACAGAAAUAGCACCCAUAUCUCUUCGUGGUGGAAUUGGUUCAUUACAUCAGCUUGCUUUAACUAUCGGAAUACUUGUAUCCUAUUUAGCAACAUUAACAUACACACUAAAUACAUCAACUUUGUGGCCCAUAUCUGUCGCUGUUGGAUCAAUUCCUGGAUUAAUUGCAUUAAUUCUUCUACCUUAUUGUCCUGAGAGUCCACGUUUUUUAUUUAUGAAGAAAGGAAAAGAAGAACAAGCACGUAAAGCCUUUCAGCGACUUAAUUGUAAAGAUAAUAUCGAUGAAACAUUUGAUGAAAUGAAAAGAGAAAUGAAUGAAGCUGAAAAACGACCAAAAUUCAAAUUUUCCAAACUUUUCACUCAGAAAGAUUUACGUAUGCCAGUAUUAAUUGCUUGUAUCAUACAAGUAUUUCAACAGCUUUCUGGAAUUAAUGCUGUGAUCACUUAUUCUUCUACAAUGCUUAAAACUGCUGGAAUUCCAUUGAUGUAUAUUCAGUUUUGUGUAGUUGCUGUAGGAGCAAUUAAUGUGUUAAUGACUAUAAUUUCUGUAUAUUUAAUUGAACGUGCAGGACGUAGAACUCUUCUUUUAUGGCCAGCAGUACUUCUUGCUUUUUCAUUAUUAUUUUUAACAAUUUCAGUGAAUGUAGCAAGUUCAACAAAAGAUCCAACAACAGCUCGAACAGCUGGAAUAAUUUCAGCUGUUCUUAUAAUUCUAUAUGUUUGUGGUUUUGCUUUAGGUUUAGGUCCAAUUCCUGGUGUAAUUGUUGCUGAAAUAUUUAGACAAGAACCAAGAGCUGCAGCCUAUUCUCUAAGUCAAGGAGUUAACUUAUUAUGCAAUUUAUUGGUGUUAUUCAGUUAUCCAAGCAUUAAUGAUGCAAUUGGUGGUUAUUCAUUUCUACCAUUUUUAGUUAUAGUUAUUGUCUGUUGGAUAUUCUUUUAUUUAUAUAUGAUUGAAACAAAAAAUCGUACAUGUGAUAGUAAUGCAAGAGAUUUAGCUUCACCAAAAAUUGUCGCUUGUCAACGUCCAUCAAGAUUAAGUUAUAAAAAUGAAGAACCAUUUUAUUCAGAUGAAUAAAAUAAAUUUAUUCAAUAAAAUAAAAAAACACAACUGAUUCACUUCACACACACACCCUCACCCCCCCCCAACAAAAGAAAAAAAAUUGACAAUUUUUUCAGAUUGAUUUUUAUUUUAUUCAUCAUUUUAAAACUGAAAUCUUUUGGCUUGUUCAUAAGUGGUAUUAAUAAUAAUAAUAAUAUGAUCAUUAUUAUUAUCGUUGAUUUCUUUCGACAAUAUACGUUUGUUUGUUUAUAUCUGAGGAAAUAAUUCAUUAUUUCCAUACUUUACUGCAUUUUCUUAAUCUAUUUAUUUUAAUAAGAUUUAAAUGAAAGGAAAAAUAGUUGAGAUGAUUACGCAAUGAUAAAUAAUUUGAAUGCUUCGUUACAUAACAUUGUUUCUACUGUAAAUAUUAAUAAUAAUAAUAAUUAUUAUUAUUAUUACAUCAAUUACAUCAAUUAUUUUUUAAUAUAUAAUCUAUUCCCCCGCCCCAGAUACAGAUUUCUAUGUCAAUAAUUUUACUGGUUUUAUUUUUUAUGAACUAUUCGAUGGAAAACCUAUUUCACAUUUGAUUUUUUUAAAUGAUAAUGUAUAUCACUUUAUAAAUUGAUAUGAAAAGUUGUUUCAUUUAACCAUUUGAAUACUUUUGUUAUGUAUAAAAAGAUAUAUAAAUU